UUCAUAAAAAUUACCGUAACCGAAUAUUUUCUUUGAAUUUAUCUCGUGAUUAGGACCUUUUAUAAUGAAUUAAUUGAGUUUCAUUUUUAAUCUCUGCAAUCGAAGCACAAUUGCGUGUUCAUCUGGCAAACCUAGCCUCGUUUUCGCCCCUCUUUUCAGAAGGAAGCACAUGGAGUGAAAGUAUGUCGGAAGACAAGAGAGACCUUUAUUUUAAAGUUUUAAAUUCUUCAGAUUAUGGCAGUUUGCAUGAUAAGCAACACAAUCUUAUUCAGUAUUUGGUACGUUCACAUGUGGAUUCCUUCAAUUUUAUGCUUGCUAACACUCUCCAGAGAAGUUUAGAGAAUUUGCCUGAGCAUGCAUUUAGGACUGAAUAUGGACAAAUUAUUUCUUUCAACAUUAAGGAUAUCUUUAUUGGUAAUCCCACAGUUUCCAAAUCAAAUGUGUCUGGAGCAACACAGAUACUUUAUCCAGCAGAAUGUCGUCAAAGAAGAAUCUCUUAUACGGGUCCAUUAAUUGUCACACUUGGCUGGUCCAUUGAUGGAAUCAAACAAGAAGCAAUUCCUAAAUAUUUAGGAGACGUUCCUGUUAUGGUAAAAUCUAAUAUUUGUAACUUAAAGAAUUUAACACCAACUGAACUUGUUCAGAAAGGCGAAGAAGCAGAGGAAGCUGGUGGAUAUUUCAUAAUUAAUGGGAUUGAAAAAGUUGUGCGCUUAAUUGUUGAAUUAAGAAAAAAUUACCCUUUAUGCGUAAAACAACAAUCCUUGAAGAAAGCUGGAGAGCUUUUCACUGAAUAUGCUUUGAAAAUCAGAUGUCAGAAGCCAAAUGGCUUUUCAAAGGAAUUGACUUUUCAUUAUCUCAGCAAUGGUUGUGUCCAAGUUUCGUUCCAAUUUGCUAAAAGUAUUUACAUUGUGCCAAUCAUGUAUUUGCUGAAAGGUCUGCUGGAUGUCAGUGAUAAAUCUAUUUAUGAGGAACUUCUCAAAGGCAAUGAAGAGAAUUCUUUUUACAAAAGCUGUAUUAUAUUUAUGUUACGUCAACUUUCCAAUGAAGAUCUUCUUAGUCAAUCAAGUGUACUCAAGUACCUGGGCAGUAAUUUCCGUGCCAAGUACAAUAAUCCCUGGCUUAGUGAUGAGAUAAUGGGUGAAAAGUUAUUGGGUGAUUACAUUUGUGUCCAUCUCAAGUCAAAUGUUGACAAGUUCAACCUUCUUGUUUACCUGGUUAAGAAACUGUAUGCUUUUGUCCGUGGUGAAUGUGGUGCUGAUAACAGAGAUAGUAUCAUAAAUCAUGAAGUUUUGGAUGCAGGUCGCCUGUACUCAUUGGUACUUUUUGACAAUUUGUACAAAUGGUUGCGAACUAUCCAAUUUGAAAUCACCAAGUUGCUAUCUUCUAAAAGUUAUACUACAAUAACUACUGAUAUUUUGAAUGAAGCCAUUAGGAAGAAAAAGACAAUAGUAAGCUAUGCAUUGAAUUAUUUAAUGGCCACUGGUAACGUUUCUACUCAAUCCAAUGUACCUUUAUGGCAGAAAACUGGUCUUUGUGUCAUAGCUGAGCGAUUGAAUUACCACAGGUUUCUGUCACAUUUUAGAGCUAUUAACCGUGGUUCUCACUUUAAAAAACGUAGCAUUGCUAGUGUUCGUAAACUUUAUCCAGAAUCUUGGGGAUUUAUUUGUCCCGUCCACACCCCAGAUGGUGCACCCUGUGGUUUACUGAAUCAUUUGACCAUUUCAUGCCAGAUUGUAAAUACAUUGUAUGAUUUAUCAAGUCUUCCUGAAUUGCUUGGUUCUUUGGGUGUGCUGUCCAUUGGUGAUAAAAGGAACAUUUCCUAUCAGGAGUACUACACUGUUAUGCUGAAUGGUCAGAUAUUAGGUCAUAUUCAUCAAGACGAAGCUUAUGUUUUGUGUAAUAAACUCCGUGCAUUGAAGCUAGAUCCUUCAAGCAAGGUUCCAGUGACAUUAGAAAUUUGUUUUGUUCCAAAGACAGAAAAUGUCAGCUUGUAUCCGGGCGUUUAUUUAUUCUCAGACAUUUCACGUUUAGUGCGGCCAGUCCUUAAUUUAACUUGGAACAAGUUAGAAAUGAUUGGAACUUUUGAACAGAUUUACCUGGAUAUUGCUGUGAAUGCUGACAGCAUUCAUGAUGGGAUCACAACUCACAUGGAAUUAAAAGAACAAAAUAUCCUCAGCCUUUUAGCCAAUCUGAUUCCAUUCUCUGAUUUUAAUCAAAGUCCCAGAAAUAUUUAUCAGUGUCAGAUGGGUAAACAAACAGUUGGGAUGACACCAUAUGCACUCUCUUCUAGAGCAGACCAAAAGAUAUAUCGUUUACAGACACCACAGAGUCCAAUAGUCCGAUGUGAGAUUUACAAUGAUUAUCAGAUGGACAAUUACCCUUUGGGGACAAAUGUUAUAGUUGCUGUCCUUUCAUACACGGGUUAUGAUAUGGAAGAUGCCAUGAUUUUAAAUAAAGGUUCAGUUGAACGAGGAUUUUCUCAUGGCUGUAUUUACAGAUCUAUAAAUAUUGAUUUAAACAGCAGGGAAAUGGAAAACUCAAAUUUCAUAUUCAGUAAUGAGGAUGAGAUUCCAGGUUUGGAUGCUGAUGGUCUUCCACCUGUAGGAACACAUCUGGAAUAUAGUUCUCCUUAUUACAGUUACUUCAACCUGGAGACAUCAGAACAACAUACCGUUUAUUACCAAGAAAAGGAAGAGGCAUAUGUUGACCAAGUAAAAAUUUUGGGCAAUGACACUGGCACAGGGGAAUUAACCAAUGUUAUCAUUGUAUUAAGAGUACCAAGAAAUCCAAUUAUUGGUGACAAAUUUUCAAGUCGUCACGGACAGAAAGGCAUCUGUAGUAUACUUUGGCCUUCUGAGGACAUGCCCUUCACUGAAAGUGGAAUGACUCCAGAUAUUCUUUUCAAUCCUCAUGGUUUCCCAUCUCGAAUGACAAUAGGUAUGAUCUUAGAAUUUAUGGCAGGAAAAUCUGGUGCUCUGCAUGGCAUGAGUCAUGAUUCUACUCCAUUCUCAUUCAAUGAUGACUAUACGGCAUCAGACCAUUUUGGAAAACUACUCACUGCAGCUGGUUACAACUUCUAUGGAACUGAACGACUCUACAGUGGGGUCACUGGUGAGGAGCUAGAGGCUGAUAUCUUCAUAGGUAUUGUCUACUACCAGAAAUUGAGGCAUAUGGUUUCAGACAAAUUCCAGGUGAGAACAACUGGUCGUGUGGAUGUACAGACACAUCAGCCUAUAAAAGGUAGAAAACGUGGUGGUGGUGCUCGGUUUGGAGAAAUGGAAAGAGAUGCCCUCAUUGCACAUGGUUCUUCGUUUCUUUUGCAAGACCGUUUACUCAACUGUACUGACCGAUGCCUGACAAAAGUUUGCACUGAAUGUGGAAAUAUACUUUCUCCUAUUCAGUCCCCGGUUGAUAGCACAAAAAUAGCUUAUGAUAUGCAACAUUGGUCAUGCAUGUUAUGUAAGAAGUCAGAGACUAUUAAAAAUAUCACCAUUCCAUAUGUGUUCCGUUACCUUGUCGCAGAAUUGGCUGCUGUAAACAUCAACCUAAAAGUUGAUGUUAAAUGAUGCGUUUGUUGUAUGACACCUGUAAGUAUUUUGAUGAUAGGUUUUUUCUUGGAGUUAAUGAGCUGCUGAUAAAUUCAUCAAAGAUUUUUUGUUUUCUUUUAUUGUAUCAUGUACACCUGACAGUUAUUGGAAAGCAGCUAUUUGUCAAGUCAGUGUAUAAAAAAUCAGUUUUCUAAAUUUCCUGUUUUAUCAACAACAACUUGUAAUAAAGAUAUUUUUAUACAUAA